AUCUGUCGUAGAACUGUCAAACAAUCGUUCGCCGUCAGUACGAUAAAGAAAACUGAAAUAAGCAACAUUUCCACAUAUUGACACGCAUUGCAACGUUGACAAAUUUAAUUUACCAUGGCAGACAAAAGAAAAACCAAAAAACGUAAAGAGCGAAAGAAGGAAUACGGGGAGCCCCCGGAGUCAGAAAAGCCGACGCGCGAAGAGUACUCAGUCGCCAAAUGGCUGAAGGCCAACGUGCCUACUAAGAAGACCAAGUUUCUGAACCAUCAUGUGGAGUACUUCACUGGAGUGAAAGCUGUAGAUGCGCUCCUAACCUCAAAAUGGGCGACAGGCAAGAACCCAAUCUUCACAACGCGGCUCGAGGUCACAGAUUAUCUGCACCAGAUGCUGCUGCACAAACUCUUCCACAGGGCUAAGAAGGUACCAGUGAGCGAACAGGAGUUAAAAGGCAAGAAGAAAAAGGACGCAGAUAAAAAUAAGAGUGGCGAUGAAAAGGACGAGAAGAGUCAGGUCAGCGCGAGCGAGGGAAAGGACACAAAAGACGGAAAAGACAAGGACAGCAAAGAGAAAGAGAAGAAAAAACGCAAGAUCCGUCUCGAAAUGCAUAUGGAGCAAGUGUUUUUAGACACUCUAGACGCUUACGUGUGGAUAUAUGACCCCAUGCCGUGGUACUACUGGGUCUGUGGCACGCUGGUCGUGUUUGGAACUAUCGGCGUUUGUAUGUUCCCGCUAUGGCCCGCCACUGUUAGAAAAGGCGUAUACUACUUAUCCAUCGCGGCCGCUGCGUUCCUAGUACUGAUCAUCGCUUUGGCCGUACUCCGUGUCGUGGUGUUCUGUCUAGUAUGGCUGCUGACAUUGUCAAGACAUCACCUGUGGCUGCUACCCAACUUGACUGAAGACGUUGGGUUCUUUGCAUCCUUCUGGCCGCUGUAUAAGUACGAAUACCGCGGCCCGGGCUCCGAAAGCGACAAGUCGUCGAAAAAGAAGAAACGCAAGAAAGACAAGCAGUCGGACGACGAAGACGAGAAAACGCCACUUGUUCCCAAGGACGCCAAGGACGCGCCGCCGAGGGAAGAACAGAGAGAGACCAAAGAGGAGGUGCCGUCACCUGGAGAGAAACAUUCAGAAUCUGAAAGUGAGAAUAGCCAGCGGUCAUCGACGGACCGAGACUUCGAGAUGGUGGAUCCUCAAGACCUGGAUGAGAAGGAGCAGUAACCGCACGAAAACACUAGAUUGAUGCGGCUUGGAAUAUGGUUAAAGAUGUCAAAUAAUUAGAAAAAUCUUGCUCUCGAGUCUAAUGACUUGACCCUUUACUGCGCAUUGUUCCAUAUAUGGCCGUCAUAAACUCUAAUAUACCCAGAGAUAUUCAAAUAAUCAAAUCAGGUUGAAACAUAAUCUUUUAGUACUAAGGGCCCCCCCACAUCUAGCGCGGCGUCGGGCUUUGCCAUACAGUUGGCCCGACGCUACGCUCGCAAGACCCUAGAUGUGGGGGGCCCUAAGGGCCAAGGUGGUUAUUUUGGUCACAUAAGUUGUGGAUGAAAUAUGUAGGUAUUCUAUGUAACGCUAGUUUCAAAUAUCGCGAGCGUUAGUGUGAUAAUUUUUAUACCUUGAGUUAAAUAUUUACAUUUUCUAUAUAUUUUUGGUUUGUUAUAAUUUCAUGUGUCUUUUUACUGUGUACAUUUGUGAAUUUAUUUAUCGUCUUUAUAUAAAAUGUUAUCCGUAAUUGACGUUGAAUCUAGGGUACCUACGCGGUAUAAUAAUUCACUUUAGAAGAUUCUCAAUAAUAGAUUGAUAAGAUAUUGAUAAUAAAUCUAUUCGACAUUGA